AAAAAAAGAGAAGAAGAAGAAGAAGAGACGGGACGAUUAUACAGUAAAAAGGACGAAUCUAGUGAAUUUUAUUCUAAGUAGUCGACGGUCUUUUAAAACCUUAUCCCUGUGGUUCAAGUGAAUUAAAAGUAAAAGUUAACUAAGAAGAGAAGAGAAAAGAAGAGAAGAGAAUAGAAGAGAGCAACAAAAUGGCUACGAACACGGAACAGGGCGAGGCGGACUACACGUGCCCUGUCUGCUGCGAUAUAUUUACUGAUCCUGUUGUGCUGCUGUGCGGUCACAGCUUCUGUCAGCAUUGUCUGCAGGAGUGGUGGAGAAAGAGCAAACAAAGGACAUGCCCCGUUUGCAAGGAAAUAUUCCCCAUGACUAGGCCGCCACGAAAUCUGGCACUGAGAAACCUGUCGGACUCCUUGAGACAGGAGAGGAGCAGGAGUGCUGGUGGGUCCAAGGAGCUUUGUUCCCUGCACGGUGAGAAGUUCAAACUUUUCUGUCAGAAUGACAAGCAGCCAAUCUGCUUGAUUUGCCGGGAUGCAAAAGCACACAAGAAACACGACUGCGUUCCUAUUAAUGAAGCAGCAGAGGAGUACCGAGCUCAAGCCCAGCUCAAUCUGAAGAAGAUGACAAGUAAGCGCAAAUCAUUCAAGAAGAAAAAAGAGAAGUGGGACGCCAUUGCCCGUCAAAUCCAGAUCCAGGCUCAGCAGACAGAGAAGACCAUCAGAGCAGAGUUUCAGAAACGUUAUCGGCUCCUGCGAGCAGAGGAGGCUGGUCGGAUAAAUGCGUGUCGGAAGGAGGCAAAGCUUAAGAGUGGCCCAGUGAACCUGAAGCUCGUAAACUUAACUGCAGAGAUUUCUGAGCUUGUGAAAAAAACCAAAACCUUAGAAGAUGAGAUGAAAACAGAUGACCUCUCGUUCAUGCUGAAUGUGAGAACAACUUUGCAGGGAUUUUUGUACAAAGAGCAAGAAACACAGACUCCGACAGGAAUACUAAUGGAUGAAGCUAAACACAUCAGUAACCUGCAGUUCCCAGUUUGGAAGAAAAUGGCUGAUACAGUACAAUACACUCCUGUAAAUCUGGAUCCCAACACCAGCUGCAGAAUGUGAU